GGUUCUUUGGAGAAAUCAUUCAGGCGAAGAAGCUACCUGGGAGCGAGAAGAAGAUAUGCGAGUUUAAUAUCCACAUUUGUUUCAGGACAAGUACAAGGUAAAUUUCGAGACGAAAUUUUUUUUAAGGGAGAGAGAGUUGUAACACCCCAAAAAAUUUUACAAUAUUUGCAUUCUUGAUUGAGCAUUAUUUUUUAUAACGAAGAAAUAUUUUACUUUGCACUUCGUAAAUAUAGAAUGGUCAAUAUAUGAAAAUUUCUUACUUUAGGUUGUGUUAAUAUUGACAAUGAAGUUCCAUGGUGUUGCUAUAUGUAACACUUAAUAUUAUUUUGACGAGUUGUUAGUAAAUAUAGUAUAUAAUUAAGUUUUGGGUUUCCAACCUUUUGUAUUUAUCUAAGAAUAUUUAGUAGUCGGGAAACCAUUUUAUUUCAUAUCUGUCCAUAAACUCCCUAUUCUUCUACUCUUCAGAAACAAAGAAGAAUAACUCUCUACCUCUCUCUCUUUCUAUCUCUAUCUCUCUAUCUCUAUCUCUAUCUCUCUCUCCUCCGUAGGAACAAGAAGCUAAAGUUUCAUCAAAAAAAAAAACAUGGAUUUCUACUAAAUCAACGCACAAAAUUCGUUUUUGGUGAAGAUCAAGUUGCUCCUCUUGGAAAUGUUCGGGAUGAAAUCUGAAGAUGGCCAGGGUGAAGUAGUCUCUUUGGGAGAAUUUAUGGAGAUCACAUUUGCAUAUGCACCUUGGUUUGCAUAGUUUUGGGACAUGUACAUGAUAUGCAUGAUAUAUAGGAUAUACAGGAUAUACAGGAUAUACAGGAUAUAUACAUAUAUAUAUGUCACACUUAUGUUAUUUGGAGGCUUGUUGGAUUUUAAAGACCAAAAUCUUAUAGCUUGAAUUUGUAACCUAUUUUAUUGUAUUAGGGUGUUUUAAUAACUCAAGUCUUGUAAUAUGCUGAAUUUACACUUUAUUUUGUAAAUAUGUAGAAAAGGAGAAAAAUAGUUUCCUUUGUUUUUAUAUAUACCCGAUAGUUUGAAAUUUAUGUACAAUAUAAACUUGUAGUGAUUUUGAAUGAUUGUAUAAGUCUGUUAGGAAGUUGCGUUAAUCUGUUGAUUAAUCCAGAAGGGUUAUAUCACCAUAUGUUAAUAUUUUGAUAUUGUAUUUCAUUUAAAAUAAAAUUAUGGUGUAUUUUCAAAAUAUAUAUAUAUAUUGCACUUUGAACCUUUUCGCAUAGGCCUACUUCCGCUACUAAAAUUAUUCUAAAUAUUUUUAUUAAUAUCUCUUUUAAUAUUUUGUAAGUAGGAAAUUAGAUUUGUUUUCCUAAGAAGUACCCCCCCAAAGGGGUUGCUACAAGUUUUGGUAUCAGAGCCAUAGUUUAUGAUUCUAGGAUUUGUUUUGUUGUGAUAGUACCUAGUAUUUGUUGUUUCCUUUCUUUAAAAUGACUUGGAGUUUAUAAAUUUUUGCAUACUUGUUUAAUUUAAUUUAUUGUAUUUUGUAUGCAUAUGCAUCAUGUACAUGUCCCUAAUGCAGUGUGAUCUUAUCUUUUAUAGGAUUUUUAAUAUGACCUCUUCUUCUAAUAGAGCUGUUGAAUCCGUUGAUGAAAGUUAGGCCCAGUAUAAUGCCAUGCCUCACCUUCAGGGAGGAAAUGAGGAACUCUUGCCUGACCUAAAUCAUCCUCGUGUUAGUGGAAAUGAAAUGAGCAGUAAUCCAAGAGCAAUGAGUCAUAAUACUCCAUUUAUGACUCCCUCAUUCCAGCAUAUGGCUGAAUUCUUUCGUCACUUAGCUGGGACAAUGUCAGAACCUAGUGAAAUGAAUUUUGAGAAGAUGAGAAAAAUGGGCGGAGUUGAAUUUGAAGGCACUACAGAUCCCACGGUAGUUGAACAAUGGCUCGAGCGCAUGGAGAGGGUCUUUGAACAACUGGAGUGUACUAAUGCUUCCAAAUUUAAGUAUGCUAUCUCUCUUUUACAAAAAGAUGCCUAUGAUUGGUGGGUAAGUGUGCCAAAUGCAAAAGCGAAACCUCCGGUGCUGACUUGGGAUGACUUUGUGAAAUCAUUUCGUGCAAAAUAUGUUCCCCCUGUCUAUUGUGAUGCUAAAAAGAAAAGAGUUUCUGAAUUUAAGACAAGGGAGUAUGUCUAUUGCAGAGCAUCAACAAAACUUUCUCAGGCUUUCUCGCUAUGCUAAAGGUAUUAUUGAUGGUGAAAGAGACAAAUGCAGAAGAUUUGAAGAAGGUAUUAUCAAAUACUUCACCCUGGCCAUCUUCAGAUUUCAUCCCGAACAUUUCCUACGAUAGAAAACAACUAUCGCUAAGCAUAAAGCUUAGUGGUGUAUAAACUUUAGGCUUGGAGUCAUUAAAUUCUCCAAUUUCCCCUUUUCAGUCAUAGUUAGCUCAAUUUAACAUAAUUUAAAACAAGUGAACAAAUAUAUCAAUGUCAAACUUUGAAGCGUUUCCAAAUAUCAAUAACAAUGUUCAAGAGUCUAG